AUGUCAGCAUCAGAAAGAAUAAAGAAAGCAAUAGAAAUAAGUAGUAUAGUCUAUGUUGGAUCCAAAUUAGACGUAGCCAAAGGAGCAUUAAAUGCUCUUGGAAUGGUUGGAGAAGCUGUUAAACCAUACGUUCCUUUGAUAUCAGUCUUAAAAUAUGAUCAUGAAUGCUUGGAGCAUGAUCUUGCUGAAAUGAAUGAGUUUAUGCAACAAAUUAAAAGUGGAGUCGAUGAUAAUCAAAAACAACUGAACAUGAUUUAUCAAGAAAUUGUAUCAAUUCAAACACAUAUGCAACAAUCGGAAAGAAAAUCACAGAAUUCAAUGAAAAUUAAUGCGCCAAAAAUUGAUCCAAGUCAAUUACAAAAACCCGAACCUUCAGAAGGAAAUAAUCAACGCCCUAGCCAUCCUAGAAUUAUAAAAAGAAUAUACUUAAGAAAUGCAACUGAAGUUGCAUGUAAAAUUAAUGAUAAAACAAAAAAAAUUCCAGUUUGUAAAGGAGAUGAAAAAGAUAAAGAAAUUCAAAAAGAAUUCGUGACUAUUAUUAAAAUGGCAUGGCAGCAUGAUCCAGAAGCUAGAAUUAACAUAAGCAAAUUAUUCGUAAUGCUUUCAAACAUGGCCUCAAAACAUGUUAUACCUGGUGCGCCUACUUAUCUUUUGCCUAACAAAACUAUAGAUUAUGGUCAUCAGUCAGAUUCAUUGUUAUUGGAAGAGAAGGAAUUUUAUUUGUCAGAUGAGGAAGAACAGACCGAGGAAAAAAGAAAACGUCAUAAAUUAAAAACUCCUGAAGAUAGAAAAAUUGCUUGGAAAAUCUUUGAUGUCAAUGCAGAAAGAGGAGACUAUUCUGCAAUGUAUUGGAAAGGUGUUUAUUUAUGGGAAGAAAUAAGUCCCUUGAACUUUUUUAAAUUAACUGCCGAUUACGGUAUUCCAGAGGCUCAAUUACGUUACGCGUUCGCUUUAAAAGAAUUAAAAUUGUUAAAGGAAAAAGAAGAUCGUGAUGAAUUUAUAAAGUAUUUGAAAA